UACAUUUUUACAUUUUUGUUCAAAAUCAAAAACCAUAGCAGUAUAAUGUAACAGAAUAGGUAUAUAGUACACAUUUAAAGCAGUCACAAAGUAUAAAAUAUAUCUUGAAUCUAAUAGUUAAUGGUCGUUGGCUGUUGUGUUAUUUCCGUUUAUUAAUUUAAUGUUUCUGCAGGUUAUUAUACAUUUAUACUUAUUACUUAUUAAUUAUUUCUGAUCGACCGUGGCGAUGUCCCAUACUCCCGGGAUUACCCGUAAAAACAUACGGCUCUGUUUCGUACAAGACCCGCUUGCGUCACGCACUACUGCAGUUAUAAAUAGAGUCUUAUCUAAUAUAUAAGAUUAUAUAUAUAUGUAAAUAUAGUAUACAUUUUAUAUAUCAUAUACUAUGAUCCACCAAUAAUAUCCAUCUAUACAUUUUAUUGUUGGGUAAUAAUAAUAUACACAAAUACACUACAGUUAACAUAAUAAUAUUAUUAUACCUACUUCAGAGUUUUGAUUAUCAGAACAUUCAGAACGACAAAACACUGUCACAGUUUAUUAUAAAAGUAUACAACGCGGACAGUAAUUGUCAUCAAUUGUGAUUUUCUUGUGUUCUUGUUGUUUUUACGUAUUAUUUUUAUUUCGGUUUUUGACCAGCUUUAUUUAAGUAUGAAGCGAUUUUUAACUUCAACAUAUAUGGAUGAUUCUAAAAAAUCCAGAAGUGUAUCAACAGCAAUUGAUUUAGCUCAAGUAACUAUAGACGACCCAGGUCAAUUCGAUGACGCUCGUGCACCAACAACAGAAGCGGAUGGUUUUGAGGGAAUAAAACAUUCCUCAAUUAAUUUGUCUAACCAUUACUUAUUUGACGGCAAAUUUUACGAUAUUGUGUCAAAUAUUGGAACAAAAUUAAUUGCAAAAUGUGUACUUUGCCAAAAAACUUUACAAGGCCGAAAUAAUUCUUCUGGCAAUUUUCUAAGUCAUUUAAAGCUUAAACAUGCAUCAAUAUUAUCAAAAUUAGAAAAGUAUAAAAAUGAGAAGAAAAAUGCAAAAAAGUCUAACCAGAGUAGUAGAGAUGUGUCAUUAGCAUCUAUGUUUCAGCCAAAAUUACAGUUAUCUCCUUCAAAGUCUUUAUCAAAGUGUCAUAUUAUCAAUUUAGUCUUUGAUUAUAUCGUGCAAGAAAUGAGGCCAAUAAUUACCUGUGAAAAACCAGCAUUCAGGCAAUUAAUAAUGGGUCUCACUGGUAUAUCAGAUACAUCAUUUCUUCCAGACUCAAAAGUUAUCAGCAAAGAAUUGAAAUUAAGGUACAUGUCCUAUGUUACAAUGUUGACAAAAUGUAUUUCAGAGCAAUCAUUUAUUUGUACAACAGCUGAUAUAUGGUCAUGUAAUAAUAAAAGCUAUUUAGGCAUGACCUGCCAUUUCAUUAAUGAAAAAGAUUUUAAUAGACAUUCGUAUGUAUUGGGUUGUAAGCGUAUUAAAGGUAGUCACACAUAUUUGAAUAUUGCUGAGGUUAUAAAUAAAAUUACUAAAAUAUUCAACAUCAAUAGUUCUAAAAUUUCUCAUUGUGUAACCGAUAAUGCAUCAAAUUUUGGUAAAGCUUUUAGAACAUUUUCAAUUCAGCCACAGUCAAAUUCUUCCAACUCAAAUAAUUUAACAAAUAACUGGUUUUGUAGUGAUAACGAUGAAUCAAGUAAUGAAGAAAAUAAUUUGGAGGUUGAUGAUACUUAUGAAAAUAUUGAUAUUACAGAAUUGUCAACUAUAUUUUCAAAUCCAGAUCUAAUUAAUUCUUCUGAUAAUGAAGAUGAAUUCUGCUUACCAGAUCAUCUAACAUGUUCUGCUCAUACUUUGAGUUUAAUCGCGACUACUGAUGUAAAUAAAAUUGAAGACAAUUCUUAUAAACAAAUAUCUAAGCCUGUAUUUGAAAAAUUAUACUCUUUCUGGAAUUUAGUCAGUAGGAGUUCUGUUGCAUCAGACAAAAUCUUUGAUAUAUGUAACUGUAAAUUUCCGGUGCCCAUUAUAACAAGGUGGAAUUCACUAUUUUUUGCAGUUAAAAAAGUCUUAACUCAUAAAGAUCAACUUUUAAAUGCCUUUGAAGAAUUAAAACUAAAGAAACUUAAAAUAUCCGAAUGGAAGUUCCUCGAAGAAUAUUGCUUAGUGAUGGAGCCUUUAGCUUUAGCCCUUGACAAGUUACAGGGUGAACAAUCUUGUUUCUUAGGAUUUGUUGCACCUACAAUUAUUGCUUUAAGGCUCAAGUUAAUUCAGUUAACACAUUUAAUAUAUUGUAAAAAAUUGGCUCAUUUAUUAAUUGUUAGUCUCGAAAAAAGAUUCAUUUACUUAUUUGACUUAGAACACCCAAAGAGUAAAGCUUUCAUCUUGGCUUCCAUCAGUCAUCCCAAAUUCAAACUUAGUUGGGCACCAGUAAGAUACUUAAGUUUGUGUAAAAAAUUAUUCAUUUCUGAGUGUGAAAUAUUAAAUUCGAUUGAAAGUACGACCUCUGGUUUUAACAAUUCUGAUGAUGAAACUGAUGGCAGUGAUAGUGAAUUCUAUCAAAUCCUUAAUGAAAAUACAUGUUUUGAAGAGUCUACUGAAUUUUCGCGUAGUGUAAAAAGUAAUAAUAUAUCAAGUGUACAGGCUCUUUCUUAUUUAGAGUACAAAAAAAAAGAUUUUGAUAUAUUAAAUAAUUUUCCUGUUGUAAAAAAAGUAUUUUUAAAGUAUAAUACUACAUUGCCUUCGUCUGCUCCUGUUGAACGAUUGUUCAGCAGUGGUAUACAAAUUUUAACUCCCAGGAGAAAUAGAUUACAUGAUAAAACAUUUGAAAUGCUACUCUGUUGUAGGUGUUUGAAUUUAAAAGAAUAAUAGUAUAU